CUCGCACAGCUCCGGACGCAGUAAUACACCGUCGCCACGGCUGUCCUAUCUCAGAACACGCGGGACAAUUUCGUCCUGCCCCCGCAUCUUUUCGGAAUGCAGCACCACGACGGUGCCCCGAACGCCCCCAGCGGGCCGCGUCUCCAGCAAAGCUUCCAGAAGCAGAUGAAUGGAAACACGGGCUUUUCGCACGGCGCGUUUCACACAAACCAGCCCGGCGGCUAUGCGGACAGGCACCCGGAGCGCUCCAACAUUCCUAGCAUCAACACGGGCAGACUCGCUCCCGGCAACCACAACACUGAGCUGCAGACGCCGGGAACUGGCUUUGACAUGAACUUCACCCCGCUUCUGCCUUCGCAGCUGCUUCUCGGAAGCCCUUUCCAGCCCGGUUCUCCGAAUGCCUUCACCUCGCCUCAGUUCCAGAGUUUCGCCCAGUUUGCCGGACAGAACCAGAUGCAGCAGCAGCAGCAGAACGCCAUGGGCAGCCCGCAGAUGCAGCAGGGCCCCCUUUCGCCUGGCCUGUACCAAGGUCUCGUCUCCCCGACGAGUGGCUUCUUCAAUGGACCCCAGUCGCCCACUGGAGGAUUCCCUGGUUACGGACAGCAGGGCCUCGGCGGUCUUGGCUCGUCCCUGCCUAUAGCCCCCGGAUUAGUUUCCGGUACUAGCAGGACAGUCUACUUGGGCAAUAUCCCACCGGAGACCUCAGCCGAGGAGAUCCUUGGCCAUGUGAGAAGUGGUCAAAUUGAGUCAGUGAGGCUCCUCCCCGACAAGAACUGUGCUUUCAUCUCCUUCCUCGACAGCAGCUCCGCCACCCACUUCCACUCUGACGCAAUCUUGAAAAAGUUGUCGAUUCGUGGCCAGGACAUCAAGAUCGGAUGGGGCAAGCCGUCGCAGGUUCCAACAUCGGUCGCCCUUGCUGUGCAGCAGUCAGGUGCUUCUCGCAAUGUGUACUUGGGCAACCUGUCGGAGGAUGUUACCGAGGAGGAACUGCGCGAGGACCUCAGCAAGUUCGGUCCCAUUGAUACUGUCAAGAUCGUGCGCGAGAAGGCAAUUGGCUUUGUUCACUUCUUGUCGAUCGGCAAUGCCAUCAAGGCGGUUGCCCAGCUCCCCCAGGAGCCCAAGUGGCAGGCCCCCAGGCGCGUCUACUACGGAAAGGAUCGAUGCGCUUACGUCUCGAAGACGCAGCAGCAGAAUGCGGCCCAGUACCUCGGAAUCGCCCCUGGAUACGCUCACGUCCUCAACGGCGCCGACCGUGACAUGAUCUCCAAUGCUCUCGCCCAACAAUCAGUCGCUGCGGCCGCGGUCGCGACUUCUGCUGGAGGUGUCAAUAACCUCGGCAACCGGACGGUAUACUUGGGCAACAUCCACCCAGAGACGACAAUUGAAGAGAUCUGCAACGUCGUCCGCGGGGGUCUGCUUCACCACAUUCGAUACAUUCCUGACAAGCACAUCUGCUUUGUGACGUUCAUCGACCCCACCUCUGCUGCGUCAUUCUACGCUCUGAGCAACCUCCAGGGUUUGAUGAUCCACAACCGCCGUCUCAAAAUCGGAUGGGGCAAGCACUCCGGUGCCCUUCCUCCGGCCAUCGCCCUGGCUGUUAGCGGUGGUGCGUCGCGCAAUGUGUAUAUCGGAAAUCUGGAUGAGUCAUGGACUGAGGAGCGUCUGAGACAAGACUUCUCCGAGUACGGCGAGAUUGAGUUGGUUAACACGCUGCGCGAGAAGAGCUGUGCGUUCGUCAACUUCACCAACAUCGCCAAUGCCAUCAAGGCCAUCGAGGCUGUGCGAGGACGUGAGGAGUAUAAGCGUUUCAAGGUCAACUUCGGCAAGGAUCGCUGUGGUAACCCACCGCGCCAGAUGAACAACAACCAGGGUCAGCCCCAGCAUCCGGGCAGUGAUGGCAUUCAGUCGCCGUCGCCUACCAGUGGUCUCCACCCUAACCGUAACAACACCGGUCCAUCGGUGUCACCGACUGGGUCUGCCGCCCCUGUAUCCGGUGGCAGCACCAACGGACAGUUCCCUAACGUUCAAGCGCCGACUCCUUCCACCAUCCUGAACACGGGCGUGAACAACCCUUUGAUGAUGUACCUCCAAGCUCAGCAAAACCAGCAGCAACAACAGGCAGAAGUGAGCCUUCAGCAGCAGCAACAGGCUCAGCAGCAGCAGCAACAGCAGCAACAGCAGGGAUACCCAUCGCCACAGUCAGCUUUCUACGGCGCUGACCUCAACCAAUCGUCGCAACCCCACGCCUCCCACGGUGCUCACCAGAGCACCUCGAGCUUUAGCCUCAUCAACGGAACCUCCAGCCAGUCUGGCGCCACAACCGUUGGCGGUCUUUUGGCUCCCUCGAAUUUGAAUGCUCGCGCUCAGCACUCGCGUGCGGUCAGCCUGCCGGUGUUCACACAAGGACCGUUCAACCAGCCUGUACAGUCGUCGCAGGGCCCGCAGCAGGGCUCCUUCGGCAGCUUGAGCUCCGGUAUCGGUGGCUUUGGUAGCGGAAACGGUGGCUACGGCCUUGCUAUCCAAGGUGACGGUGGCCUUCCUGGAUGGGCGGAGGAAGAGAUUGGUGCGCAGUAAUACGGAAAAAGUGGCGGAUCGGAUUCCCCUUCUCUUCCAUUCCACUGUGCGAUACUUUGACCGACCUUACUACCUUUAGUGUCGUGGAUGCCAUCACCCACCUUGUUGCUGUAUGCCACUUAUCUACCUUCAUUUUUAUAUUCCCCU